AUGGAUGAUUAUAUUAACAUUAUGGACGAUAUCAACAUUAUGGACGAUUCUAUUAACAUUAUGGACGAUUAUGGAUGUAUCCCCCUUUCCGUUGUGACUCACCCCUGGGAGAGGCCCAGCCCUACACUGCCUGUGUGUGCUGACUGGGGGCCACAGCUCAAUCAUGGCAGCGGCAGAAUGCGGUUCAUCGUGCUGCUCUUCAACUGCCUUCUCACUUUGAGCUCCUGCUUUGACAUUCCCAGUGUCCUGCAGCAGCAGUUCCAGGGCAUGAGUGCCAGGGGUUAUCCCCUUUUCCCUGCUCUGUAUGGCUGUAACCUGACAGCCUGGGUUGUCCCGACAAGUGGAGAGAAGGCCUGUUCGUGUUUUUUCCGUUUCUUCCUAGUCGGUGUUUUUGUUUUCUCUUUGCUUACCAUGCUGGGAUCAUCCAUCUUUGCUUUAGGCUUACACUUCAAGGCCUCGCCAUACCUCCUCCUAAUGAUGUUAAAAGGAAGACAGCUCUUUAUGGAAGAUUUUUCUCUUUUCAAAGUUGUGCAGAAUCAUUACCAUAUUACCUGGUUCAAGGGGAAGGAAGCAUUUAGAUUGACUCCGUCUUUCUCCUGUCUUGGGAGUGUCCUCAAUUUCUUCUUCAUCCAGCAGUUUGAGACAAAGUUUGGAAUGCAGUGGAUACUCUGGGGAGGGAGUCUGCUCUGUGUGCUGGGGUUUGUUUCCGCCCUCACAGUCAGCAUACUUGACAAAGUGGGGAACUGGACUUGGAUGGUUCGGGCUAUUUUCCUGGGGAGGGGGAGUACAUUUUUGCUGCAGAUUCAGGACAUCCAGCACCUUCUCCUUCACUACUGGCUGCUGGUCCUCACCAUCAUGUUCUUCUUCCCCUUUGUGGCAGACAUCAGCAAGUAUAUCCAGGAUAAAUAUUCUGGUUAAAAUCAGCGGGCAGCUGCUUACAUUUUUGGGGCAGUGUAUGACAUCUCCAUCAUUCUCUCCGCAGCAGUUAGCAUAUUAAUUGACUUCACUGGACUGAGAGGUGUCCUUGCUGAUGGCUGUCCCCUGUUGACUCUGCCAGUCUUUGCUUUCCUGGCAUUCCCAUCUGUGCCUCUGCUGGUCUGUAUCAUCUGGCUGGGGAUCACUUACUCCUUUGCUGCAGUGAGUACAGUCCCCCACUGUCUCUGGGUGUAUUGCAGCUACACUCCUACAUCUGGAUGGCAUAUUACUGCUGCCCUGGUAUCCUGCUAAGCAGGUUUCACAGCCACAGGUUGAAGUCACUGGCUCUACAAGCCUGAAGUUGUGGGAACCUAGUUAGAUGGGCAGAUCAUACCCUGAACAGAGUUCCUAGCAUGAAGGGAAUAAACCUGAAGCCUUGAGAGAUGGGGUGCUGGGGGGAUGCUGAUAGAAUCAUCCUACCUAGACUUAUAAGGUCAAAACAUUGUCCUGUGGCUGCGAUUGGCUAUUUCUCCCCAGGUAACCCUAGGUAUUGUGAAACCCACCAUGCCCCUGCAUCUUUGGAAGCUGCCCCUCAGACCAUGCAGUCUCUCUAUGAACAUUAAAAUCUAUCUUGGGCAAUUCCAUCAAACCCAACCCAUUAUCAUUGCCAUGCCGCCCGGCUGGGUCAGCCCGAAAUCACAGAGCUGACUGUGAUAUGAAGUCUUUGCUUAGUGACAAAUAACCUUAAAGAAUCAACAAUGGACCAGAAAGGCAGAGCACAGAGCAAACAGAGUUUGAACAUCUCCAUGAAUAGAGACUCUGCAGCCUCUCUGGGCCACCUGUCCCAGUGUCUGACCCCUUGCAGGAAAAAUGUGCGUCCUUGUGUUCAGAUGGAAUUCUGUGUGGUUUCUCUUGUGCCCAUUGCCACCUGUCCAGAGCAGAGUCUGGAUCCCUCAUCCUUGCUCCCUCCCAGCAGGUACUUGAACACAUUAGUCAGAUCUCCCAGAGCCUUCUUCUCUCAGCCCCUCAUCCUGUGACAGAUGCUCUAGUCCCUUUAUCACUUUUGUGGCCCAUCCCCUAAAUCACAUCUGUCUUAUUCUAGGGAGGUCAAAACUGCACACAGUGCUUCAGGUAAGAACUCAUCAGCAUUUUGACACAGCUGGCAAAUCAGACUCCUGCUAGACUGUGGCUUCAAAAUAUCCUUAGGCCCCCACUUGCUGUACUAUUCUUCAGUGCUGAAAUCCUGCACUUGCAUUUUUUCAGAGGAAAAAUCCCAUGAUGAAUUUCCAGCUGUAACUAUGAAAAACCACAUACAGCAGGGCUGUAAACUAAUGUUGGAGACUUGUGAACAGAAGAAAAUGUGUUCACAGCUGAUUUAUGUGCUAAUACCCUGGCUUAAGAGCAGUGACUUCAGCCUGGUUUGCUGACUCCAUCAGCUUUCUUAGUUAAUGCCAUGAUGCAGCAGCUAAACUCAAAGGGGGUUGGUACUGCUACAAGUGCUGGGAUAACCACUCAAAGUCCUGUACUUGCUCCUUCAAGGAAGAAGCUUGCUCAAAAGCCAGCCAUUCCUGUUUGACAUCCCACAAUCUACCUUCAAAUGACUAGAAAAGAAACUUCACUCUUCUAUUUUGAAAAAGAGUUGUGACAUACUUUCCUUAAAGUCUGCCAGUGGUUAACAAGGUUCUCAUUGAUGUAGCACCAAAGCCUGUCUGCUCUGCUGGGUGUCACAGCCUUCCUGUCCCACUCCUGUUUUCACUGCCUAUAUGGAGAACUUCUGUUAGCUAGAGAGAAACCAUAGAACAAUGGUUUUAUAGAAACCAUAGAACAAUGAUCCUUGCACUUGCUUAUAAAAGCCCUACCCACAGAAUCUGAAGAUGUGGGGACAUUCUGGUGACCUUUGGGUCUCUUGCACAAAGACCAUCUUCAGGGUGGGAGGACUCUACUGGAGCUUCUCACAGGCAGAGUUCUUUCUGGACAGGCCACUCCUGUCUUUCAGCUCAAAUGGAUAAAUCUUGAAGCUGACAUAACAAUAAGGAGGGAGAUGAUGACCCUUCCUGGAGCAGUACCUGCUCACCUCCACUGGGCACGCUGAUUGCUUACUCAGCUUUUUUCAGUAAUGACCCCCUGAUGACCAGGAAGCCACCUGCACUUUGCCUGACUUCCCCAUUUUUGCUGGACACCAGCACCCAAUUUGCAGCUGGGAUACCAGAGCUCAGCUCUGAGCUUUCAAAAAGGCAAUUGCAUGGCUCUCACACUUUGGUUGAGCUUGUCAUUAAUAUGAAAGGGUGGCAUUCACAAAGGUCAACAUGCUGCAAGAAAUGGAAGGAAACAAUCAGGGAUUUUUUUUGUUUAACUUUUGUAGUGUUGCACUGAUUAUGAUUAUAGGUAACGGAAACCCCCACGCCUUACAAUGUCCCCAGCCUUAGACAACCCAGGCUUUAACAUUUAAGCUGCACAUAUUCUCUGGCAGAACAUUCCUCUUGCCAAAGACACCAUAGAUUGAAACAUGUAAAGUAUAGACUGAAGCCUUAAAGUGGAUAUUAGUUCAGGCAGUUCACACUGAGUUGGACUUGGAUUGCCCUUCAUGCCCAAGUGCUUGCUCCCAACAGCCAGAAUGUUAAACAUUGACACAGUAGAACACACAUAUAUGUAAGUCUGUGGGAGGAGACAGUGGAGAAAAAGCCAUCAUCUUUAUGAUCUUUAUGAAGAACCUGGCAUAAUGUUAAGUUCCUGUAACUUCAAGAGGCCCCUGUGUUUUUAAUACACCUGAACACAGAGGCCUGUGGUUUUGGCUUAAGUGGCACGUAACACACCCAAGCAGCAGCAGAGGAGGGGUCAUGAAACCAAAGGCAGCACAGCUACUAUUUUAAGUAUCUGUAUAUGUAGGAGGGAGGAGAAAGCAGUGGGUAAGAACACAAUCAGAAGUCAGCUGAACCUAGAAAGGCUGGUAAGUAAAAGAAAUUCCUGCAUUCCUGCUGGCUAUGUGAGAGUAUUUUGACCUGUUUAAGGAAGAAGAGGUUUUCUUAGGAAUAUAAGGAAAUUGAAAGAAAGGGAAAGCCAAUUCAAGAUGAGACUGUCUUUAUUCCCAGAAGCAAGAUAAAACUACAAAAAUAAUCAGGGCUGCUAAUUUAGUCCAGUAAUUUAAAUCUGCCUCUUCCUGCUCACCAACUGUGUUCAAAGGGAGGAGUGGGAACAGCCUAGGCAGCCAGCUUUGCCUGCUGGGAGACUUCUGGGCAUCAGUUUUUGGCCAGCAAUGAAUUAUUACCCAGUCCACUUCUUGCACAGCUGAUAACCAGUAAUGACAGAAAAAGCUUACAUAUGACCAAGUCUCCCCACAGCCAGGAUGCUGUGACUUGUCUUUGCUCCUUCAGAAACAAUGGAAAAUUCCAGCCUCAAUGACAAUCCAUCACCUUUUUCAAAGGGAGGCGAUACACGGUUUCAGCAGAGCUUCAAGCAGAAAUUCAACAAGAGACACAUCAGGGGCUUGGAAAAAUCACUGGGUGACCACCUCUAUCACAGAAUCACCCAGGUAACCAGACUCUUGGACAUCCACACACCAUUAACAUGGUGAUCAUAUUGAUCAUAAGCAACUCUGACAACCUUCCAGGGAACAUACUACAGCAGUAACUCAUUUAGUACUUAAAAACUCACAGUAAUGCUGCUUAAAACACCAACAGAGGACAUUAAUCUUCCUCAUUGAAAGUGCAAUGCAGGGUGUGAUGCAGUGAUGCAACAGUAUCAGACAGUGCUUGCUUUAAAGGUUUUGCACAGUAGCCAGCAGUCUUCACAGGGAAAAACAUGCAUGAUCUGGCUUAACUGGCACACAUGGGUAUCAGGAAGGAUGACACACUGCAGCUGGGCUGUUCACUAGAGCCGUGAGGUCUUGUACAGGACAGGCACAGUGACACAUUUAGGGACUAAGUACCAGAUAUGCCUAGAACCACAUAUGACUCACGAAAGUAUGCAAGUCCUCCUUUAACCACUUCCUAGGCUAAGCUCACCAUGGACACCAUCAUUUUCCUUCCCAGACUGAAACAGCAACUCAGAAAACAUUCUAUCCCAAGUGUUUAGCUACAAACCGGCAGUUCUGGGGAAAGCAAUGAGGUAACGCACGCAGUUGCAAAGUGGAGCUAUACUGCAGUCUACUGUAGGCUGCAGCUCAAAGGAAAGACGGUCCUUCGUUGCUAAUGGGCUAUGAAGGACAUUGCCACAUUCCCACAUUAUGCAGAUCCUACCCAAACUGUACAUGCUUCAGAGGAGAGUUCUGAAUUGUAAAUGGCUGAACACAGAAGUCACUGUAGGAGUGAGGGCUGGCUGAGAGGCUCUGAGAGCAUCACAGCCUGGAAGUUCAGGGAUGAAUGCCAGACACACAACGAUCUGGCUGAGAGGUCACUGUGUCCAGAUCACCUAGAACUGCAAUGUCAAUAGCUGCAGUACCCUGCUCUGUCAGCCAAUGCAGUCUGGCACAUGAAAGGUGUUUUAUGCACUCACUAGAAACAUACAAAUAUUAUGUGACUUCACAUAAAGAAUAUGCCCUGCUCAAGGAGAAUUACUGUGUUUUUCUGCAAAUAGCCUGAAAUAUUUAAAAUAUUUAAAUAUUUGAUUCUAUUUACAAUAUUGCUGAAGAACAUAACAGAAUCCCACUGUGGUAUCAUGGAAUGUAGUCCAUAGAAAGGCAUUAAGCUGAUCUCUUGCUACCGUCCUAUGCCAUCACAGAUAAGAGGUGUCUGUCUCACAGGAAGCCUUGAGCAGGAUGUCACAGCUCCUGAGCACAGUCCCAUGUACAGAAGGCCUGAAAAUAUACAUGCAAUCUUUCCCAUUUCAGACCAUAAAAUUCACCAGUGUAUCUAUGGUGAAACAGAGUACUGACCAAUUUAUAAAAUCAGGCAUCUACAGCACACAAUGAAGUAACAAAAUACAGAAGUUUAUUGAUAACUGCAUGUUCUGUCAUUUGAUUUCCAAUCCCCUUAUGUCCCAGAGAAAUGCUCAGAUCAAUCUUACCUGAAGAGCUGAAAACACUGCUUAGAUCCCAAAGAAAGAAAUGCAAGAAAAUUAACAUAGUUAACUAAUUUAAGGCCUAGUCAGAAGUUGCUUUUAAAAGACAGGCACUGAAGCCAAUGUACAACAGGUACUAAAAGAUGCCAAAUGCUUGGUAUUGCAGGUAGCAUCCGCUACCAGAGCCUGCAAUGUAGGAAGCGGCCUCUGGCUGACUUUUCUACAUGACAGCUUCCUGUCAAGUACUGGAACAAGGAACUGGAAUGGCUAAUAUGUCAGAGACUGAGCCAGAGGCUGGAGAGCACAGACUCAGGAAGAGCUGCUAAGAAAUAAAAGUUUGGAAGUAACUUAAGUUGAUUCCAGGGUUGCAGUUUGAACUACUGCCCUGUUUUCCUGGGAGGAAAAUUAAUAGGCAGCUCCAAACCAAUCUGAAAGAUACAAAGGCAUUUAAAUCCCUACUUGCGAUGGCUGUUUCUCUCCUAGCACUGCCCUAUAUGUUUCGCUAUUUGAAAAGG